CGAAUUUUCAGUCUACCGGUGUCCUUCGUAGUGUUCGGGUAACAGCUGUAGAAAGUUAGAGCGAAGAGCAACGAUGUACUUCCUGGCGUUAAUAGUGGGAACGGUGGUAUAUCUCGUGAUUCAAUAUGUGCGUCAGCAUCGUAGGUUGAAGAAAAUUGCGGCCCAUUUCGGUGGACCGAAGCCACUGCCGGUGCUUGGAAACCUGUUGGAAUUCAAUACAACGGAUGUGCCAGGUAUUUUCGAGGUCGGAAUCAAACUUCUGAAGGCCCACGCUCCGGAUACAUUCUUCUGGGGUAUUUUCAAUCUGUACCUGUUGGUGGUGAGCAGCUCGAAGAAUGUCGAAAAGGUUUUGCUGGCCAAAAACGCCCAGAAAUCGUUAAUUUACACCUUUCUGGAGUCCUGGCUAGGUACGGGACUGCUGCUGUCCAGUGGCGAAAAAUGGUUCCAGCGACGGCGAAUCAUCACUCCGGCAUUUCACUUUAAAAUACUGGAAGAAUUUGUAGUGGUGUUUAACAAGGAGGCGGACAUAAUGGUGGCUAACUUGCAGAAGCACGUCGAUGGGAAGGAGUUUGAUAUCUACUCCUAUGUGACACUGAUGGCACUGGAUAGUAUCUGUGAAACGUCUAUGGGUACUUCAGUCAACGCUCAAAACGAUCCGGACAACGAUUACGUGAAAAGUGUUAAAAGCAUGUCGGUUUUGUUCCUGAAGAGAAUUUUUGACCCUCUAGCCGGUUAUCCUGUGCUGUAUGAGCUUGUCCAUCCUCGGGCCUAUACACAGCGGAAGAUCGUUAAUCAACUGCAUAAAUUCACUGAUUCUGUAAUAGCUGAACGUAGGAAACAACUGCUGAAAGAUAAUGGCAGUAAGGUGUCAAACUUCGAUCAGAACGACGAAAAUAUUUACUCUAAACAAAGAAUGACAUUUUUGGAUCUGCUGUUAAAUGUUGAUGUGGACGGCGAACCAUUGGACGAUAUCGAAAUUCGUGAGGAGGUGGACACCUUCAUGUUUGAGGGUCAUGACACUACCACCAGUGGAAUUUCGUUUUCCAUCUAUGAGCUAGCCAAAAAUCCGCAUGUUCAGGAUAAAAUCUACGAUGAAAUUGUGAAUGUGCUUGGCAAAAAUCAUCAGGAGGUCACUUUAACGUAUCAGGCGCUGCAAGAAUUUCGUUAUUUAGAGAUGGUCAUCAAAGAGACGCUGCGGUUGUACCCUUCAGUACCAUUUAUUGGUCGCCAUCUGAUGGAGGAUACAGAAUUAGAUGGGAUUACUCUUCCAGCCGGAGUGGAAGUAUUGAUAUCGAUCUACAUGAUUCACCGCAAUCCCGACGUUUUUCCCGAUCCCGAUCGGUUCGAUCCGGAACGGUUUUCGGAGAAUGCGGAAUCCAAACGGGGGCCCUACGAUUACAUCCCGUUCAGCGCUGGGGCUAGAAACUGUAUCGGCCAACGGUUCGCUAUGCUAGAGCUAAAGGCCACACUAAUCAAGUUGAUAUCCAACUAUCGCAUUUUACCGGGCGAAUCGCUGCGGAAGCUACGGCUGAAGACGGAUUUAGUCAUACGACCCCAUAUGGGAGUGCCGGUCAAGCUGAUGAAGAGAGUCUAAUGGUGCUAGGAAAUUCCUGUUUGGGGAUCGGGUAUUAUCGUUUCGGAUAUUGGUUUGCAAUAAAACUUGUUUGAACAAUUUACUAAA